GCCAUGGUGUAGUAACUAGGCAACGAGACGCUUAUGUUUUAUGGGUUACAGCUACAAUAGUUCAGACUAAACAGACGGGUUCUUGAAGCAUUCAGCCUCAUUUACUGGAAAUAGUGAAACUAUAACAAAGCGGAUAUCGUGUUGAUGUGUUUCGGUUCCUUUAACGUCUCAUUACGUUGUCUUUAACAGCCGUAAAUUAGCCUCUUUGGACAAUUUAGCCUAAAGCUAACGAAGCUAACUAAGUUAGCUUUUCAGCCCUCAACUUGACCGAACAGAAGGAGGAAGAUCUUUGAAGGCAUUUUAAAAAGUAAGAUUCGUCGUCUUGUGAUUAGACAUCAUGUCAGAUUCUGAAGCAACAUCCGAAAAAGCUGAAAAGCAGCAAGUACAGGACAUCAAAGCAGCAGAUGAGGAUGAAGAGAAGCAGAGGAAGAGCAGUGAUGAAGAUCAUGGAGCAGAGGUCAGGAUAACUGGUCAAUCUCAAGUCUACACUGCAACCAGAGACACACUUUUCCCAAUGAAGAAAUCUCACACCACAGCAUAUGCAUUGUCACUAGAAUGGGUCUUGGGGAUGAAUCCUGUUCUUCCCAUCUUCACUCUGCAAGACCACGAUCAGCUGGUGGUCCUCUAUGCUGCAGCUAAUGUUGGGAUCAUUUAUAACCACACCUCCAACUCCCAGCACAUACUCCAGGGUCACUCCAACCCCAUCUCUUGCAUGUGUGUGAGUGAGGACAAACGCUGGGUUGCCACAGCAGACCAGGGGUCGAAAAGCAUGGUGAUAAUAUGGGACUCCUACUCUGGCAUUCCUGUGCAAACACUAUUCGAUUGCCAGUCCGUUGAGGGUGUCAUUGCCAUGGCAUUUUCAAGAGAUACGAAACAUCUGGUAACUGUUGGAGCGGAAGAAGCUCAAUGUGUGUGUAUUUGGGAUUGGACCAAUGAAACACAAAAGCCUCUCUGGUUUACUGAACUCAAUCCUGAACAUGGUUUUCAAGAUUUCGUCAUCUUUAAUCCAAACAAUAACUCUCAGUUGGUCAGCAGCAGUGAAAGUCAUGUGUUAUUCUACAGUACAAGCCUUAGAGGCCUGCAGUACUUUGCCCUGAAGCUCAAGCCGUUCAGUGAUGAUGCCACCCGUGCAAUCAGUGCGACUGAAUUUACUCAACCUGCUCCUGGUCCUUCUGGAACUGUCCCUAUAUCUGAUGCAUCUCUCAGUCGCUCUGUGUUUCACUGGCGGAAGCCUCAGGUCCUGACAGCCAUUGCAGGCAGCAUCAUGGUGUGGGAUGUGAUGGAGGACCUGGUUAUAAACCAGUGCCUUUCCAGAAACAGAAUCAGACUAAUUCACCUCCAGGAAUACCCCAUCACUGUUCUCACCACAACUGACAGCUGUAUUGUAACUGCUGAUACUCAAGGCAAAAUCCAUUUCUAUGAUGAGGAAUUCAAGCUUCUUAUAUGGUACAGUGAAUUCAACCUGGAUGCUAUUGUCUCCAUUUCCUUUUCCAAAGAGUUUACAGAGGGAUAUCUUGAGGACUGCACUCUGGAGGCCAAACCAUUAAUAAUCAGGAACUUUGUUGUGUCCACAAUCAGUUCCACAGUGGUGCAUGUGAACAAACAAAGCCACAUCCCUCAAAUCCUGCUGCAUGACAACUCAGAGCCUCUACAUGCGGUGGCAUGCCACCCCAGUCAGCCAGCUGUGGUCAUGGGCACUCAAAGGGGCAUUUUAAAAGUGUGGGACUACAACAGCAAAGUAAUCACUGGCAACAGAGUCUUUGAGAGAGAGACACAGAUUCAGUGUGUCGCUUUUGACCCUAAAGGAUUGUACUUGGCAGUUGGCUUUGGCAGUGGGGCAGUACACAUAGUGAAUCCCAGCACUUUAAAAAGUGACCCCGAAGAAUGCUUUCAUUACACUGAUGACAGCAUCAGUCUCAUCACGUUCUCCUCAGACUCAAAGUAUCUCGCCACUGCGGAUGCUGGAAGAGCAGUGACAGUGUUCCGUUUGCAGACUAAUGAAGCCUCUACACCUCGCUGGAUGUAUCUGGGCAGAUAUCGUUCUCACUACAAGCCCAUCAAAGACCUCCUUUUUGGGGUUCACCUGGACAGCACGCAACCCAGGCUCCUCUCUCUGGGAAUGGACCGCCGACUGGUGGAGUACGACCUGGAAAACAGCACCGUAAACCAGCUCCUCAUCUUGAGCUCAGAGUGCAUUGAGCAAAGCGCUGUGCCGAUGUGCAUGACUUGGUAUCCUCCCCUCACGACAGAGCAGUUUCUUCUUACUGCUUCAGACCAAUACAAGAUGAAGCUUUUCAACAGCACAACAAAGAUGUGCAGAAAGACUCUCCUCGGCCCAACAUAUGGUUCUCCCAUUAAGCAAAUAAUGGUUCUUCCCAAAUCUAAAGAAGCUGAGGGAAAGUCAUAUUACCUUGCAUUCAUCACAGAGGACAAGGUGGGUCUCCAAAUGUUACCUCUGGAUGGGAACCCCUACAAGUCGAAUGCUCUGCUCUGCCAUCCAACAGGGGCGUCAGCUUUUGCCUGCUCCUACGACGGCCAAUUUCUUUUUACUGCAGGAGGAUCUGACUGCACUGUCCUCUCGUGGGAAAUAAACCUUAAUGUGAUGGAGGCAGCAGCUGCGUUGGGUGGAAAGGACCUUGCACCCUUUUACACUCUUUUGGAGGGAGGGAAAGAUGGCAAGUUCUACAGGGAGAUGGAGGACUUUUUUUACUACUGCCAAAUCCGUCAUCAAGGCCUUGACUCAAUGAAUAAACGACAAGUGUCUACCAGAAUUCCCUUGUCAGAGGUUCCCUCUCUGAUGAGAGCAUUGGCCUACUUCCCUACUGAACGAGAGAUAGAAGACAUGCAAAAUGAGGUCAAGUUCAGCAAGUAUGCCGAAACAGGAAAAUAUGUAACUGACAUCGACCUGGAGGAGUUUAUCAAGCUGUAUGUCAACCACCAGCCAGCAUGCAACACUUCUAGCAAUGAACUUGUUCAAGCUUUUCGCAUCCUUGGUAACUGUGACAGUACCGGGCAGCCUGUUCUGCAGAGACGUCAACUAUUAGAACUGCUACAGCUUCGAGGAGAACACAUGACUGAGGAAGAGGUGGCAGAGUGCUUUGCUGCAACUUUAGGCCUCAAUGAAGAGAAGGAGGAAGAAGGAGCAGAAUGUUCUGAGCAGGACACACCUGACGGUGGAGAAUAUUUAUUGGAGGAUGAAAUUCCAAAUGAGAUCUCUGUGGAGACGUUUACAAGUUACAUCCUGGGCUUCCUGUCCUCAGCGGAGCACAGUGGCAGCCCCCCCCCCAAGUGAUGAAAGCAACAGCCUGUCUACUGGGAGAAGCUGUGUCGAUGGCAAGAUUUUAAGUCUCAGUCACUCUUUUUAGGUUUUUUCUACAGCGUACAUAUAACGGUGUAUAAUUAUUUGGGUCAAAUGUGCAUUUGAGGGGGAAACAAGUACCCAUAAAUAUAUAGAAAUAAUACAUGCUUUUUGAUAUUUCAUGUACUUCUUUGUUAAUAUCACUUUUCACUCAUUUUGAAUGCAGCUAAUGGUAUUUAAAUAUAAAGUUACUUCUCAGAUCAGUGGUUGUUACAGAUUUUAUUUCCUCAAACAAAACAUAGGGAACAACAGCUGUAUUUAUAUCAAGUAAAAAUGCAAACACAGUAUUAGAUAUUUUCUUAAGUUCUUAAAUACAUAAUUAUUAUUCAGACAUCUCAACAAUGGACCCUUGUAUGUAUUGCAAAUAAUGACUGGCAAAUCAUAAGUGUGGUGAUAGACCAGAAAUCGCAAGUCAUCAAGUAAAAGCACAGAGUUAAUGAGGUUGUUGAUGCUGCUUGUGAAACAUUGUCUUAAUGUCCACACAGAAAGAACCCAGACCAGGAAUCUUCUAUGAGGCGACUGUGCUAACCACUGAGCCAUUAUGGAGCCUCUUGGCAAAGUUGAUAGACAUUUGGGGGGACUGACACGUCUAUCCAGAGCUGUCUGAAACAGUAUUUUAGACGACAGAUGGUGAAGAUGUGGACAUUCAAGCUGACUGCAGCUCGACCAGACAUGCAACAUCCAGCAUCCAGCAGCCUGUUCUCCUGGUUUUCUUGUCGUGUGUGGCAUUCAAAUAAAGUUGCCUUUUACAGUCACUGGUCAACAGAGUGUCUCUGUACUGGUCUCCACCUGAUCAACGUCCUUUAAAGUCACAUUUGACUAAGAUGUGGAUUACCUCAACAGCUGAGAAUUGGUCACCAGUUGAACAGCUAUAAAACUUUGGGUGGACAAUUGCUUAAAUUGAACCCAAUGCAUGCUACUACCCUUGUAUCCUUGUACUUGCCCUGUGCUGCUGCAAUACCUGAAUUUCCCUUCUGGGGAUCAAUAAAGGAUUAUCUUAUCUUA